AUGAGACCUUUACUCGCACCCUAUGAAGAUCAGGAUGUGUGGGGUGUAGACUAUAAAGAUAAUAAAAUAUAUUCCCUAAAUCAAAAUCUUGCAAGCACACUCGACCCAGUUCAAAUAGCAAUGGGAGUUGGAAAUGGAUAGCAAAUCAAUAUGAAUGCCUUUAUAAGAGAAAAAGAACUUAGGAGAAGGUAUCAAGAUGCUAUGUAGACCUAAAAUUUCCACUUUGACAACGUAUUUGGCAUUGAGACUAAGACCCCGCAAAUAUAUCAUGUAAUCGCUAGACCAAUCACUAAGGCUGCUUUAUAAGGUUACAAUGGAACAGUCUUCAUGUAUGGAUAAACAACUUCGGGUAAGACUUAUACUAUGCUUGGAACCUAAGAGAUUCCAGGUAUUCUUCCAUGUGCUGUUAGAGAUGUAUUUAAUGGAGUUAAAAAUGAUUCAUAAAAUAAUAAUUACAAUGUUUGGGUUUCAUAUAUGGAAAUCUACAAUGAAAGCAUCAAUGAUCUACUGUCUCCAGGAAAAACUAACUUAAAGAUCAAGGACGAUCCAAAUCAUGGAGUUGAUGUUGCAUUAUUGAAGAAAUAACAGGUGUUUUCAUUCGAUUAAGCUAUUAUUCUUAUGAACUACGGUGAAGAACAUAGGAUUUAUAAAGAAACUAGCAUUCACGAGCAUUCCUCAAGAUCUCAUACUAUUUUUAGAAUUUAUAUUGAAAGCUGUCCGGUAAAUAAGUCAGGUCCUAAAAGAUAUUCUAUGCUAAAUUUAGUUGAUCUUGCUGGAUCAGAGAGAUUAAAUGAUUUCGAAUAAAAAUCUGAUACGCUUGGAGAAACUGGAUACAUUAACAAAUCAUUGUUUGUGUUAUCUAAUGUCAUUAAUAAACUAGCAGAGGGAAAAAGUGGGCAUAUUCCUUACAGAGAUUCUAAGCUAACUAGAAUUUUAUAAAUGGCUCUAGGUGGUAAUUCACUCACAGCAAUUAUUUGCACUAUAUCCCCUGCUGCUAUUAACUACUAUCAAUCACUUUCUACACUUAGAUUUGCAACUAGAGCCAAAACAGUUAAAAAUAAACCCACUGUAAAUGAAAUAGUUGACGAAUAAGAACUUGCCACUCAAAUGUUUAAAAAAGAAAUAGAACAUCUUAAAGAAUAAAUCGUAUUGAAAGACUCAGAGUUAGUAAAAUUUUAAGAAUUUCACUUAAAAUUACAGCAAAACUUAAAUCAAGAGAAAGAAUAAAAAGAUUAGCUUAAUCGAGAAAUGAACGACAUAAAAUCAAGGAAUCAAUAAACUUCAACUCAACAAGAACAAUUUAACUUUAUGAUUGAACAAUUGAAGCAAUAAUUGAAACAAGCAUAAGAGGACAAGGAAAAUCUCUAGGCCUAAAAUGAUGAUCUUAAAAUUGCAAUAGAGACAAUAAAUUAAAAUGAUAAUUAAUCACUCGGUAGAUUUGUGGAAAGCAUCUAGGAACAGUGUGAAAGUUAUAUUAUAGAGUAAGCCAAUACACCAAACUUUGAGGACUACUUUAGUUAAUUUCCUCAAGAAAAAUUGAUUUUGUAAAGUAAUAUGUUCUGGAUUUCUGAAGUUGAUAAACUAAAGUCACAGUUCAAGCUUGAUGCAUUAGCUAUUCAAAAUCAAUACAGAUUAAAGUUUAAAGAGAUAAUUGAGCAAAUUUAUAAUGAGGAUAAUGAGUAAUUUGCUUCUGAAGGUAUGGUUCAAACUGUAUUGAAGAUAGUUGAUAUUGAGCAGAGAGAAAAAGCUUCAUAAUUUGCAAAUGCUGAGAAAGUGUUGCAUGAUAUUGACAGAGGCAUAGUAUUUGAUGAUAUAAUGAUUGAAUAUGAACAAGUCUAUGCUAAAUCUCUUGAGUUGCUAGGGUAUAAUUAUAAAGACUUGGAAUAGGGAUUAAUUGUUCCAGCAGCUAAUGAUCUUAAUAAAAUCAUUGAUGACUUAAAAGAGUAUUACUCAGAAUUGAUACAAGUUGUUCAGAAGAGAUAUGAUGAGGUGAAAAUCAUUCUUGAAACUUACUUUCGACAGAUGAUAGCAAUCAAGAGAGAAGAGCUGGACUCAAAGCAUUAAAAUGAUGAAAUUACUGAAGAAGAUUUCUAGCAAUAAGCAAAUACAUUUGCCUAAAUAGCUGAUAAUCACAAUAUGAAAUUAACUAGAUUGAGAGAAGGCUUUGAAGAUUUUUCCAAACACAUAGAUGAAAGAUUUGAUGAGUAAAUAGACAGGAUUAAUCAACUUUUUAAUGAGGUUGAUUUUGAUCUCUAAGAGUCAUUCUAAAGUUCAUAGUAAAAUGAUGAUUAAAUGGAUUAGGAAAUACAGCAAAACUAUUACUCUAAGUAAAGUCAAAAUGCAAAUAUGAAUAGCCUUCAAACAAGAAAGACAUCCUAGUAAAAUUAACAAAAAAUCAUAAAUACUUAUGGAAGUUAAUAAAUGAUGUCUGAAAGGGACAUGAAUCAGUUUUAAAUGAGUAUUUAAAGCAUCUAAGAAGAGCCUCCUGAAGUAAGAGCAUCUAUCAAUCACCAUUAAAUGGUGACUCCAACUCCUAAAUUCUCAAAUGCUAAUAAAUUUAGAAACAAUUCUCAAACAUAAGGUCUUUUAAAUAAAGAAAAUAGUGAUUUCCUGAAAUCAGCAUAGUCUUUUAAAGAACAACUCCUUCCUAGGAAUAAAUUGAAUUCACAAGGCAUUUCAGCUUAUUAGUCUGGUUAGCCUUCUUCUUAAAAUAUUUCAAAUUGUAAGAUUUAUGUCUGGGGAAGUGGAAAAGAUGGAAGAUGCGGAAAUGGAAAGGAAAGUAGUGAGAAGCUACCAAAUCAAAUUAAUUCUUAGUACAAAUUUUCAUAAUUAUCUUGUGGUUAUCAUCAUUCUGCAGGAGUUACUUCAGACGGAAUGAUUUUAUCUUGGGGAAGAGGAAUAUUUGGCUAGUUAGGCCAUGGAGAUACUGAAAAUUAUUCAUUACCAACUCCAAUUGAGACUUUGGUGAAAAUUCAGAUAAUACAGGUAGCUUGUGGCUGGCAACAUACAAUGUCUCUUAGCUCAUAAGGUAGAGUCUUUUCUUGGGGAUAUGGAGAAGAUGGAUAGUUAGGUCAUGGAGAUACAAAUGAUUACUUACUGCCUAAAGAGUUAGAUUACUUCAAGAAGAAUUAGUUGAGAGUUUCUUUCAUAGCAUGUGGGCAUUCUCAUUCAGGCUGUAUAACUGAUUCUUCAUCAGCAUAGCUCUAUAUGUGGGGAUGUAACCCCGAUAGCAGAUUAAUGAUUGAUGACAAUGAAAAUCAAUUGUUGCCAACCCAAACUAUACUAGAAUCUGCAAAACAAAAUUUCUUAAAUAAAGGUGAUCAUAUUAAGGCUGAAGGUUUAGAGCCAUGUUCAUUGUCGCUUGGAGUUACUCAUUCAGCUGUUAUUACACGCAGUGGUGAUCUAUUUACAGCAGGAUCUAAAUUAGAUGGAUAACUCGGAAUUCGCUAUGAAAUUUCAGAUUUUCAGAGCAGUGCUCCUUCAAUGUCGAACACUUAACAAUCAUUCACAGAGAGUAGUUUCAUAAAUUAAUUCAAAGAUAAUAAAGAUGUAAAGUCAUAAUCCGCUCCUAUUAAUAAAGUAUCGGCCUUUGGCUACCAAAAUAAAGCAGUUAUGGUCUCAUGUGGUGAUGCAUUUACUAUAGUUCUCAACGAGGGCAAUUAAAUUUAUGCAUUUGGUAAGUUGUCACAUGGUCGCUUAGGACUAGGAAGCCUUCCAAAGCAUAGUCUAAAAUCUGGAGGGCUUAACCCUGAUAAUUCUUAAAGUGAAGGAGUGGAUCAUGUGAGUGAACCAACUAUUAUUCAUACCUUGAUAAACGAAAAAGUUCUUUAAAUCUCAGCUGGUUGCAGACAUGCAGCUUGCAUCACUGAUUAAGGAAAACUGUAUGUAUGGGGAUUCAAUUUCUAUGAAUAACUGGGACUCGGAGAUAGUGAAAAAGAUUUCGAUAUUCCAACCAGAGUAAUAAAAAACUUGCAAUAAAACAAAGUAAAAUUCGUAUCAUGUGGCUAUUUCCACACAGGUGCUUUAGUUCAAACAAAUUAAUGA